AGUUCACUACUAAUAUUAAAUUUAGUUGUACUCAUAAGUGAGUUACUCGACGAGUAUGAUUCACGUUCUUCCCGAAAACUAUGCUCACUGUUUAAAUCAUUAUCUAAAUGCUCAGUUGAAUUAAUAAUUAUUUGACGUUGAUGCUGCUUUAUCAUAUUACUUUGUGAAUUAAUUGACAUAGAACCAGAGUCACUUGACGUCCGAUAUGAUGACUUGAUUGUUGAUUCUUCAUUGUAUUUGGUCUCGAGAGCACAACUCUCAAGUAGCAUGGAACAUAAGCUACUUGUACUUGAAUUCUUAUCAGGCGAUUUAUCGUUGGGCUUCAAGAAAUUAUCAUUAUCAGGGUUCAAAAAUGAAUUAUCGACUGAAUCUUUUGUUGUUACAGUUGUUAAUGUUGUUAGUAUGCUUCUCUUUGGCGGCAAUGGUGGUGCAGAACUCAACUGUCGACUUGGUUUAGGAGGUGGAGAUUCUAAAAUAUUUUCAUUGCUUUGUGACUUUUUAACAAGAUGCGAACGGUUUAAUGAUGAAUAAAAUUGUUGCUUUUCUUCCUUUGGCGUUAUAUCUGGUAAUGAGUUUCUUUGACUUUGUCCAGCAAUGUCAACAUUAUCAAAACUUGACUGUUGAUAAUUUUUAACUAAGUCUAAUGAUUUCUUUUCUUUUACUAUAUCAACGAGAUUCUUUAUGUAUGAAACAAAAAGAGACAGAGAGAAUAAGAGGGUGGAAAUAACGCGCAAUAACUGCAAUAAACUUACAUUGACACCUUCAUGAAGUUGCACAACCAAUUCAUUUAUAUUUUCCUUAUUUUGUGCAAUAAAAUCAUUUUCUGUUUCACUAAUGAGAGCAUCAUCACAAAUUUUUAUGAUUUUCCCCAAAGACGAUUGUAGUUGCUGAAUCAAUGAAAGUAUUACACUACUUUUAGCAUAAAACUUGUUACUCUUUAAUGAUGAAUUGAUGUUUGCAAUAGUUUCGAUCAAUAUUGUCCCAUUUCCCGGCAACAUUUCCAAUUUAUUUUUAUUAAUGACAUCGUUAAAAUGUGUUAAUGCAGUUUUAGCCUGUCGUACGUGAUACUCAAGAUCAUGUGAAAGUUUUGUGUCAUCAUAAAAAAGCUGUUGUUGUGCCUUCUUGUGUUUUGGAGAAUUAGGUCUAGAGACGAAACACAAAAAACAAAUUGACUCAAAUGAUAAACGGGAGGAAUUAAUAUCAUCGUUGUGAAGAGAUGAUGAUAACUGAACUUCAUUAAAGGAAUUAUUAAUCCUUAAUUCUGUAAAAAUAUGACACAAAAAAAAUUUCUCAUUUAAUAUGACAACAUCAAUACUCAUCCAGAGCGAGCAAGAGAGAUAAGCAAGAAAAAAAAAAUCAUAUUUCGCAAAUAAUCAUCGAAUGAUAAAACUUUAAAGCUAUGCUUCAUCACCUCGUUCAUUCAUUGUUCACACUUUAUUGUAAAACAUUAUUUAAAAAAUAUUUGAAUAUCUUUUAAUAUUAGAAAAAAUUGAAUUUAAAAAAGUUCAGAGUAAAUUGAAAUGAUUUUUUUAGCACAUUAGAUUCAUGAACGCACUCAUUAGUAGUCCCAACAUAGAAAAUGAUUCUCUCACAUUCGCACUAAUAAAUGAGAGGCAUUGAGAGGAAAUAUCCGAUGUUUUUCAUAGAGUUUGGUAGAUUUUUUUAGCAGCAUAAAAUUGAUUUUCUACAAAAAUUGAAAAAUAAUUUUUUUACAUUAAAUUCAUAACAUUAAAGUCAUUAGAUUAGCUUUAAAAUUAUAUUCAUACGGAUAAGUUUAUGAUUCGGAUAUUUUUAUAAUCAUAUUAAGUGAUUAAAAGGGAUAAUUAAAAAUGGCUUGGAGAUUUAAGGCUUCCAAAUAUAAGAACUCUGUGCCAAUUGUACCAAAAAUAGAGGAAUGUGUUCGAGAUAUCGUGGUCGGCUCUUAUCAAAACUAUGGCAAUAACAUAACAGCUUCCGCUAAAUUUAUGGCAUUUCCCAUUGAACAUUCCGGUUCAACAUUGGCUGUGUUGCCAAUUGACGAUUCUGGUAGAAAGCCAAAAAAUAUGCCGGCUCUUCAUGGACACACAGACACUGUAAAUGAUCUCGCAUUCUCACCAUUUCAUGAUAAUUUACUCGCGACUGGAUCUCAAGACUCAUUAGUUAAAAUUUGGCACAUUCCCGAAGAAGGACUGAAAGAAUCAUUGACAAAUCCUGAAUGCACAUUUUCACAUAAACAGAAAAAGGUUGAAAAUGUUGGAUUCCAUCCGACUGCUGAUUGUCUUCUGUACUCAACAGCUGCCUCAAACGUUUCAUUGUGGGACUUGACAGAAGAGAAGGAAAUCUUCACUAACGGUGAUCAUCCUGAAAUUAUUCAAAGCUUAAGCUGGAAAGGUGACGGAACAGUGUUUGCCACAAACAGUAAAGAUAAAAUGGUUCGUAUUGUGGAUCCAAGAAGCAACUCUCCAAUAUCUAUAGGCGCAAACAGCCAUCAAAAUAUCAAGGAUUCACGUGUUGUAUGGUUGGGUGACCAACAAAAAAUUCUUACAACUGGUUUUGAUUCUAAUCGAUUACGCCAAGUCAUGAUUCGUGAUCUUCGCAGUUUCUCCACACCUGAGAAAACACUCGAAUUAGAGCAAUCAACUGGAAUUUUGAUUCCAUUAUAUGAUCCAGACACCAAUAUGCUCUUCCUUGCUGGAAAGGGAGACAUAACAAUAAACUUUUUGGAAGUUACUGACAGAGAUCCAUAUUUAAUAGAAGGCAUUCGUCAUACAGGUGAACAGACCAAGGGUGCCUGUUUCAUUCCUAAGAGAUCGUUGAGAGUAAUGGAGGGCGAAGUUAAUCGUGUGAUGCAGUUAACAUCAAACUCAGUCAUUCCAAUAAUGUAUCAAGUUCCGCGUAAGUCUUAUCGUGAUUUUCACAGUGAUAUUUUCCCCGAUACAAAUGGAUUCAGAAGUGAAUUGAAGCCGCAAGAUUGGAUGAGUGGAAAGAACUAUGUCUUGCCAAAAAUUUCAUUGGAUCCCGCCAAAACAGAUAUUGCCGAUAUGGUGAAAGAAAUGUGUGUAGGAAAUUUGGAAGAAAUAAGAAAAAAUUUAAAUGAAAUCGAAAAGCACCAAACAAAUGGUCAGCAAGCAAAGCAACAUGUUAUAAUACCGAAAAAAGAAAAGACUCAAAACUUUAAUGUUGAGACAAAAAGCUCGAAUAAUGAAACGUCAGAAUUUCUCGAAAAAUUCAAGGCAGUCAGAAUGCAAAAGAAUCUCGAUAACAAGACUGUUGAAAAUGGAUCAAAGGUAAAGAAUGGCGAUCAUGAUGAUCAUAAAGUAGAUGAUGAUGACGACGAUAUAAAUAAAAAGGACGUUGUUCCACCAGUUCCAUUACCGCGAAAAUCAAUUUCGGAACAAAGUAGUUUUGAAGAAAACUCCAGUGGUGUACCGAAGCCUAAACCAAGGCAAAUCGGCAAUUGUACCAAUUAUAAGCCACGCCUUGGUCCGAAACCAUUUUCACUUGACUCAACAGACAAUACUUUUGAUAAAGUUUUUGCUGUCCCACAUGUACCCAUUGUGAAAGAAGCGAAAGAGCAUGAAAAGGAAUUGAUGAAAGAAAAGAUUCAACCGGAAGCGUCCGAUGAUGUUGAAAUUGCAAAAGAAAGUGAUGUUGAAGAUCAGAAACAAGAAGAUUCGCCUCCAGUCAGUGAACGUGACAAUUUCGCACGUGAUGAUGAACAACGUAAGAGUAUUGCUGAUCGUCGCAGAAUAUAUGAAAAUCGUUCACAGAGUCAAGUUGAGGAAAAGAAGCCGUCUCCAAUUUUAAUGAAACGCCAAGAUUCUGCAAAAACAGAAAAGAAAGAAUCGAAAAAUGAGAUUGGAAUGAAGCGAACAUCAACUGUAUUUGGAAAAGUCUCCAAAUUUAGACAUCUGAAGGGAACAGCUGCACAUAAAUCAUUCCACAUUGAGAAUUUGAAAAAUAUUAGCAGACAAAUUCCUCCAGAAUGUGAUGUUUUUUAUGCAAAUGAUGAACGAGUCGCUGUCCCAAUUUCCGGACAAGGUGGAAAAAUUGCAGUUUUUGAAUUGAGUAAAACUGGUCGCUUACCAGAUGGUGUUAUUCCAUGUUUAGUCAAUGGAAAUAGCACCAUGGAUUACCAGUGGGAUCCAUUUGAUAGCCGAAUCCUUGCUGUAGGAUGUGAUGAUGGUCGAGUUAAGAUUUGGAAUAUUCCAGAGGAUGGUCUAACUGAGUCCACAAAUAGCCCAACACAAGAAUUUGGAGCUCAUGCUGAAAAGAUUUCAUUCAUCAAGUUUCAUCCAUUGGCAAAGAAUGUAUUGCUUACAGCUAGUUAUGAUUUGACUUUGAAGAUUUGGGAUUUGAAUGACUUAUCCGAGAAGAUUACCUUGAAGGGACAUACAGACCAAAUUUACUGUUUCUGUUGGAGUCCAUGUGGAAAAUACGGUGCAACCGUUUGCCGUGAUGGAAAGAUCAGAAUCUAUAAUCCACGAAAAUCAAGCAACCCCGUUCGUGAGGGUAUUGGAGCUCCAAUCGGUACCAGAGGCAGUCGUAUCCAAUAUGCGCUGAAUGGUGAAUAUUUGGUUGUGACAGGAUUUGAUAAAGUAAGCGAGCGUCAAGUAUAUGUGUUCAAAACAUCAAAUCUGAAUGAUGCUCUCGGAAUGGUCUCAUUGGAUGUCUCACCAGCACUUUUGAUUCCUUAUUAUGAUGAGGACAGUUCGACAAUAUUCUUGACAGGCAAGGGUGACACAACAAUCUAUACUUAUGAAGUAACAGAGGAGGCUCCCUAUUUGUGCCCACUUUCACACCAUCGUAGCCCAAGCAUUCAUCAAGGAUUAAGCUUUUUACCAAAGAAUCAAUGCGAUGUUGCCAGCGUAGAGUUUGCCAAGUGUUAUCGCUUGACAAACAACUCUAUUGAACCUUUAAGCUUUACAGUCCCAAGGAUUAAGAUUGACUACUUCCAAGAUGAUCUAUUUCCACCAACUCGCAUGGUUUGGAAUCCAACAAUGACAUCAACAGAAUGGUUUGAACAGAAUGAUAAACCUGCAGUCAAGGUGAGCUUAAAACCGAAAGAUAUGGAACCGCUAUCAUCGCUCUCUAGACCAAAUGAGUCGAAAAUCAUUGAUAUGAAGCCAGUCGAUGAAACAUCAUACAUGAAAAAUAGCAAUAGCAACAAUGGACAGAAUUGGACAGAAGAGGAAUUGAAAUCUAAAACGGAUGAUUUAAAGAAGUCAGUUAGUGCACGAGUAUCAGUAAACUAUGCAUUGGAACAAGACAGAAUGGAAGGAGUUGAUCCUGAAGAGUGGGACGAAUAAGAAUACAAUCGAUUCAAGAAUUGCUUUUCCUAUGUGUUUAUUAGUAUUCCUUCAGCUUUUCAUCAUUCUUAUUUAUGUAUAAAAAACAUAUAAGACAGAAUAGUUUACAACAUUUUGAUAUGAACCUAAUGAUAGUGUAAUAAUCUACUUACAAUAACUUUAAUCAAACUUCAACUUCUCUAUCUACAAACUCUCUCUCAAUACUUUCUAGCUAUUAGCUAUCAAUCAAGGAAAGUUCAUCUUUCAUCUUUAUAUCAAAAAAAAAGUAAUAUAAUUUAACGUAUGAAAUGAAAUUUAAAUGAACUGAAAUGAAUGUUUGGUGUGAAUUUCAAUUUCAAUUUCAAAAAAAAACUUAAAAAUCUUGACAUUCACAAAUUUUGUAUUAAUAAUUUUAAUAUUGACGAAAGACUUAAAUUUUUUGGCUGUAUCUUGCUUUCUCUUACUGAUCUAAUUUAAAAUUUCAAUGCUCAGACUUUUUUACUUGCUUGACAUAUAAUAAUGGUAUCGCGUAUUAAGUCGUGUGAUAUGAACUUAUAUACAUCACAGAUUUAAAGGGUUUUUUUUUAAAUGAUGCAUUAAAGAUUUUGGCAUGACAUUUCUAGUCAUCAAAAUAUAUUUCAUACUUUUAUAAUAUUUUCAUGAAUAAAGGAAUUUUUAAAUAAGUAAUAACAAUAAAAUGAAUUAACCCAA